AUGCUCAGGACCCUCGGGCUGGCCCUGCUGGCUCUGCUCAGCACCGUGGGCCCGAGCCAGGCCAGCGGCUUCACAGAGAAAGGCCUGUCCUUGCUGAGCUACCAGCUGUGCAACUACAGCGUGACCCAAAGGGUCCAGAAAGUGGAGGCUGUCCAGGUGUCCCACGUGACUUAUGCCCCCUGCGGUGGAUGGAUCCCAUGGAGGCGGUGCCCCAAGACAGUUUACAGAACCCGGUACCUGGCAGUGGAUGUCCCGGAGUCCAGGAACGUGACCGACUGCUGCGAGGGCUACGAGCAGCUGGGCCUCUACUGCGUCCUGCGAGGAGCCUGUGGGCGGGGCACUGCGGCUGCUGGGGGCCUGGGCUGCGGCACCACCUUUGGCACAGACGGCCUCCUGCCAGCUCCUGAGGGCUGCGCGUGGGCGCCUCUUCCCACCUCCAUGCUCAGCAUCUACAAAUGCCACACCGGCAGCUGGAACUGCCAUGGUGGAGGCAUUUACACCACGGCCCUGAAUCGGUCCGGGGAGUUUGCAUCGAGACCCGGGGUCUGCCCAACAGUGGGGCCAGACACAUCCACCUCGUCCUGUGCCCUGGAUGCCGACUGCCCUGGACUUCAGAAAUGCUGCCCCUUGCUGGGGGGCCACCGCUGCAUGGCUCCUGUGCUCCAAGCUCCAGAGAGGAACCUGACGAGCUCCUGGUACAACGUGACGGUCCUGGUGAAAAUGAACUUCCAGGAGCUCCAGCAGGUGGAUCUCAGGCUCCUGAACCACAUGAGACUUCUGCACUCCAUGGUCACCAGUGCCCUGUGGCCGAUGAAUGCCGCCGUCUACCACCUGCACUCGGCCUGUGGCGACACCUCGACCACGGUGUCGCGGUUGCUGCUUGGCCUGCCGUGGCCGGUGCCUGUGGCCAACGUCUCCGCAACGCUGGAUGGCGUCGUGAAGCGCGUGUAUGAAGUGAUCAGCGUCCAGGUGCAAGAUGUGAAUGAAUGUUUCUACGAGGAGCUCAACACCUGCUCUGAAAAAGAACUGUGCUUAAACGUCGACGGCUCGUACCAGUGCGUCUGUCACCAGGAGCCACCCACCUCGUUCCCCCAGAAGCUGAACCGCACGUGUGAGGAUGGCCCACCCAUCCGAGACCACAAGAUCCUCAGCGUUACCAGCAGCAGCUUUCACGGUGUCCUGAGUUUGAAUUCCACCCAGAACCGCACUUUCCACGUGCAGGUUUACAGGGGUGAGGAGCUGCUCAGGAGUGCCUGGACCCAGGGACAAACCCUGGAGGUGGCUGGGCUGGAGGCCGGAGUGCUGUAUGGGGUGAAGACCAGCUACCAGGCGUGUGGGACCAACGUCACCACCACGCUGCCUGUCAGAACCGAUGCCCGGAUGUUCCAAGUCACUGUGAGAAUCCUAAACCGCACGCUGACCGAGACGCUGCUGAACCGCGAGAGCCCUGAGCACCGGGAGUUUUCCCAACAACUGCUUCACGAGGUUGAAAGCUCCUUUCCGCCGGCACUGUCUUACUUGUAUAGACGAGGGAAGCUGAGGCUGCAGAUCGUGUCUCUCGAGGCCGGCAGUGUGGUUGUGAAGCUCAGAGUGACGGUGCAGGACCCCGAGUUCCCAGUGGACAUCUCCACACUGGCCCUCAUGCUCCCACGGCUGUGGAUGAGCACAGUGUUCCGUAUUGACCAGCGGGGGACACUCGUGCAAGAUUGGGACGAGUGUGCAGACGGCCUAGAACACGACUGCUCCCCGGCUGCCCAGUGCAUCAACCUGGAGGGCUCCUACACCUGCCGGUGCCUGACGGCCAGGGAUGCCAACCCCUCCCGAGCAGGCCGGGCCUGUGCUGGUGACGAGGUGAGCCCCACGGGAGGUGCACUGUCCCUCACGACAGGGGUGAUGGCCCCAGCUCUCAGCACAGAAGCAGCAGCUCUUGACCCGGAGACCCUCGCCUUGUCACCCAGCCCUGGGCGUCCGUGGGGCACCCCUGCAGCAGGCCAGGCCCAGACCCUAGGGCCCCCGCCCAGGAGUGAGGGCAGUGGCGUGGUCGGGCAGGACAGGAACAGCACAGGGCAAGGCGUGGAGGAGGAAGUCCAGCGAGCCCUCCAGCCUGGGGACGGGCCAGUGGAUGCCACCAGGGCUCCCAGGCCAACCCGCAGCUCCUUUCCCGGGGCCACGGAGGGCCCGCUCAACGCCCCUGGACGGUUGCUGAGAAACUCCACUAUAGAGCCGCCUGCCUUGCCCACCCCUGCUGAGGAUCCGACGGGCCAGGCCGUGUGGCACGCCAGCCUCCCAACGUGGGAACCGCCUGCAGCUCUGGGCCCCACAGAGCCACAGAACGCAGACCCUGCACCUUCAGUCCCCAUCCCUGCGUCUCUGGAGACCCUGGCCUGUGUUCCCACCCCCAUUGGAAGGGUCACCGUCUCCAAUGUGACCAGCACUGGCUUUCACUUGGCGUGGGUGGCAGAUCUCGCCCUGCACCCCACGUUCCAGCUCACCCUGAUGUCCACGCGGAGCCCCAAUGUGCACCUGGAGACCCGGAACGCAAGUCUGACGCUAUGGGGCCUGGAGCCUGGCGUCUUGCACUUUGUUGAGAUAGUGUCCAAAGCAUGUGGGAAAGAAAGUGCCACGGCACACCUGAAAGUGAGGACAGCGGCACAGAAGCUCAGUGGAAAAGUCAGAAUAGCAAACGUCAGGUAUUCAGAAUCCUUCUGCAACGCCAGCAGCAAGGAGUCCCAGAGUUUCCUACAGCUGUUCUUUAGGAUGGUGCGGGGUUCCUUGCCGGCCGCCAUGCGUCAGCACCUGGACUCGGGCGGGGUGCGGCUGGAAGUUACCCGCGUCACCAACGGCAGUGUCGUGGUCGACUUCAAUUUGCUGAUCGUCUCAGACUUGCAUGUCCAGGAGGUGUCUGCCGCGUUCUUCGCUGCCUUUCAGAAUGCCUCUCUGCUGGAGGUGGUUGGGGGAGACACCGUCAUAUGGGAUUACGACGAGUGUGAGAGGCAGGAGGACGACUGUGAGCCAGGGACGACCUGUCGCAACACCCUGGGGUCUUUCACUUGCAGCUGUGUUGGAGGAACCUCUGACUUCCCUGUAGAAUAUUCUGGAAGACCCUGUGAAGGCAACACUUCUGGCAACACAAGCCAGGCCCCCGGGUCCUCUCUGGCCCCUGGCCCAGAGCAGCCCCCCACUGCAGCAGAAACUAGGGCCGCCUCUGUGCAAGGUGCCAGUGCAGCCCCCCAGGGGCUGCUCCCAAAGCUGAACCUGACGAGUGCGGUCAGGGUGCUGUGUGAGAUCGAGAAGGUAGCCAUCGCCGUCGAGAGGCGCUUCCUGCAGCAGGAGUCCAUCCCCGAGUCCUCCCUGUACCUGGGACACCCGUCCUGCAACGUGAGUGACAGCAACAGCACACACGUGUUCCUGGUAGCCGGAUGGAGCGAGUGUGGAACCCUCGUGCAAAGCAACAUGACAAACACCGUGGUGAGGACCACGCUGAGGAACGACCUGUCCCCGGAGGGCAUCAUCCACCACAUGAAGAUCCUCAGUCCCAUCCACUGCGCCUUCCAGAACGACCUCCUGACGUCAUCGGGCUACACCCCAGAGUGGGGGGUUUAUACCAUCAUUGAGGACCUCCAUGGCGCUGGAAGUUUCGUUACGGAAAUGCACUUAUUUAUUGGAGACUCUCCUAUACCUCGAAAUUACAGCGUGUCUGCCAGCGAUGACGUCAAGAUCGAAGUGGGGCUCUAUAAACAGAAAAGCAACCUCAAGGUGGUCCUGACCGAGUGCUGGGCCACCCCGUCCAGCAACGCCAGGGACCCGGUCAUGUUCGGCUUCAUUAACAACAGCUGCCCCAUCCCCAACACACACACCAACGUGAUCGAGAAUGGGGACUCCAACAAGGCCCAGUUUAAGCUGAAAAUCUUUUCCUUCAUCAACAACUCCAUUGUCUACCUGCACUGCAAACUUCGCGUCUGCAUGGAGUCUCCUGGAACCACAUGCAAAAUCAAUUGCAAUGCCUUUCGGUCACUGAGAAGCGGUGAGUCAUCUGCAACACACCAGACGUCCUGGGGACCCCUCAUUCGGUCUGACGGUGAGGCUCCAGGUGCAAAGCCAGGGCUGGCACCCAGCUACAUUGUCCUCAUCGUGGUGGCCAUCUUUGCCUUGGUGACGGGGGCAGCCGCCCUUCUCAUCGUGCGCUACCAGAGGAUGACCGGGAAGUACAACUUCAAAACCCAGUCAGAUGACUUCAGCUACCAGGUGUUCCAUGACUAGGAGGCCCCGGCUGCCCUGAAGGUAGCUGUGAAUCAAGCUCGGUUCUUAAUUCAUCAAGCACUGAUGGAAACCUCUGUCCCACAUCCAAAGUUUGGAUGAGCCCCCAAGACGCUGAAAAACACAAACUUCACCUGCUCCCAGGACGCCUGUCGACUACGUUAGAUCCCAGACAAGCAGGCAAGUGAGAGAAACUGUUGGAGAAGUGGGCAACGUGUUGGAGACGCCUGGAGCUCCAGACACAGGGAUCAUCAAACUAAGCGUGAAUGCAGCUCUACCAUCAUCCAAAUCUCCUCCCCAGCCCCAGAGCUCCCUUUACCAUCCAAAUUGGUCAAAGUGGCCCUUCUUGGUUUUGCUCACCACUGACAUCCAUCCAUCCAUCCAUCCUCUAUCCUCCAUCCUCCAUCUAUCAUCCAUCCAUCCA